GAUUUGUUUGUCACUAAAAAGGCUUUUAUUUAAAGUUUUGAAUAAACGGCAACGGGCAAAAGAAAUUCUAAAUGCAAUUGCAUCAAUAUGAAACAGAAGCCAGUUAAAUGGCAAUGCUGUUAUUGUUAUCGACUUUACUUUUGUAUACAAGCGUAUUGUUAUGGUUUUUUUAACGGCAGAGAUUAACUGACAUUUGAGUUUGUUCACAUUCAACACGCAAUUGCAAUUAUGUUCAUACGCCAGAUACAAAGGUAAUUCUCACAGAUAAAUAGAGAAGUAGACAGAGAGAGAGAGAGAGUGAGUGCACCAUCACGAAGAGAGAGAACAUAACACACAUACACAGAGACACACAGAUAUUGGCACGCAUACACACUGCAACAGGAAAUUGAAGCAAGCAAGAAAUUCUUUGUUUGGAGCUGCAACAAAGCAACGACAACAACAGCAGCAGCAGCAGCAACAACAACUGCAAAGCAAAGCAACAGCUUACCACAGUCGGUUAAAGGCAGAGCUCCAAUGCAGACGUACCCCAAGUGACAGCUGGAGCAGGAUCUGAUCUCUCUCACUCCCUGUCUCCAUCAUUUAACCUGCAUCACCGUUUCAUCGUAUAAUCUAACAACAACAACAACAUUAGCAACAACAAAUUAUAAUGUCAGCAGUCAAUCAAAAAGACAGUCCAAGUCGUGACUCCACCGCAUCGACAUCAGGACAUAUCUCAAUGCUAGCCGAGAAUACACUGGAAUCCUUAUCCCGUGAUUAUAGUCUCGGGAGCUUGAAUUCAGCUGGCAGCCAGGAUGAGUUCUUUCGCUGUCGGGAUCAUGCCGAUAAUAUAUUAAAACGCAUGCAACUGUAUGUGGAUAGUCAGCAAUUGUGCGAUGUGGUACUCAUAGCUGGCAUCGAUGGCAAGCGCGUGCCCGCACAUCGUCUGGUACUAUCAGCCUCAAGUGCCUACUUUUCCGCCAUGUUUACGGGAUCCCUACGAGAAACCAAAGAGCAAGAGGUCACUCUGGGUGAGGUGCAUGGCGAUGCUUUGCAUUUACUGGUGCAAUAUUGUUAUACCGGGUUCAUUGAACUCCGGGAAGACACCGUAGAGACACUACUGGCCACUGCCUGCCUUUUACAAUUGAAUUCCGUGGUGACGGCAUGUUGCAAUUUCCUGGCACGUCAAUUGCAUCCUUCCAAUUGUCUGGGAUUCGCUUUCUUUGCCGAGCAACAAAGCUGCACCACAUUGCUACGAUUGGCCCAGGCCUAUACCUGUCAAUAUUUCAUGCAGGUGUGCCAAAAUCAAGAAUUCUUUCAACUAAAUGCCGAUCAGUUGGGUAAACUGUUAUGCAGCGAUGAUCUCAAUGUGCCAUCCGAGCAGGAUGUCUUCCAUAGUCUUAUGUCAUGGGUGCGUCACGAUGGCGCUAAUCGGGAGCAGCAUAUACCAGAGCUAUUGGCACUUGUCCGACUGCCUUUGCUGCAGCCAGCAUUUAUAAUGGAUCAUGUGGAGAAUGUGUGCAAUGCCAAUGAAUGCCAACAGCUGGUCAUGGAGGCAUUCAAAUGGCAUUUGAUGCCCGAGAGGCGAUCCCGCAUAGCCACAGAGCGGACAACGCCACGUAAGUCUACGGUUGGACGUUUGCUGGCUGUCGGUGGCAUGGAUGCGCACAAGGGCCCCAUCAGCAUAGAAAGCUACUGCCCUCGGUUGGACAAGUGGACGCCAUGGAAACAUAUGACCAGUCGUCGACUUCAAUUUGGCGCAGCUGUUAUGGAGGACAAACUGAUAUUGGUUGGAGGGCGUGAUGGCCUAAAAACUUUAAAUACGGUGGAAAGUCUGGAUUUAAAUACGAUGGCCUGGGCCCCACUAAAUCCCAUGGCAACGCCACGGCACGGCCUCGGGGUGGCUGUAUUGGAGGGUCCGCUCUAUGCGGUAGGCGGUCAUGAUGGUUGGAGCUAUUUAAACACAGUAGAACGCUGGGAUCCCAUUGCACGUACAUGGAGCUAUGUGGCGCCCAUGUCAUCGAUGCGUUCAACUGCUGGUGUGGCUGUGUUAGGUGGACGACUGUAUGCGGUGGGAGGACGUGAUGGUUCGGUUUGUCAUCGUUCUAUUGAAUGCUAUGACCCUCAUACCAACAAAUGGAGCCUAUUGGCACCUAUGAAUCGGCGACGUGGAGGCGUGGCCGUGACUGUGGCGAAUGGUUUCCUUUAUGCCUUGGGCGGACAUGAUUGUCCAGCCAGUAAUCCCAUGGUCUGCCGCACUGAAACUGUCGAACGCUAUGACCCAGCAACCGAUAACUGGACACUGAUUUGCUCACUGGCUUUGGGCAGAGAUGCCAUUGGUUGUGCUCUGCUUGGAGAUCGCCUUAUUGUUGUCGGUGGCUAUGAUGGUAACCAUGCUAUUAAGCAUGUCGAGGAAUAUGAUCCUGUUCGCAAUGCCUGGAACGAAUUGGCAUCCAUGGGCUUUCCACGGGCUGGCGCCUGUGUUGUGGCCAUACCGAAUAUUAUACCGCCAGCAGCUCAACAGCCACCGCCUAGUGCUACAGUUUAGUUUCCUUUAUUUUGUCGUUUUUUAUCCUUUAUCGUUUUAACGAAUUCCAUAUUUAUAUAUGUAUGUACAUACAUAUAUACAUAUAUAUAUAGAUUGUUGUAGUAGUUAUUGAUGUUGACGCUAACGGCCAGCCGCCUCGCCUCGCUCGCUCGCUCGCUCAAGUCUCUGUUCCUUGAUUUUUUGCAUACCUUCAUAAGUGAAUCAUAUACUUUUAUAUAUAUUAACACGCAUUUCAGUUCCCAUAAUAUCCCACCUCAACAAAACCUCCUUCCCACACUUCCGGAAACAAUAAUCUCAUUUGGAUGCAGUCAAUUAUUUAAAUAUUGCAUGAUCUGAUCCGAGGCUUGAACUUGAAUUUUCUAUCAUAGAACUUGAUAUUAAUUAUGCUUGGAUGUAUGGUAAUCUCAUCAUUCCAUUUUAUCAUUCCAUGUCACCACGUAUACAUUUCACUCACACAUUCAAACGCAUGCUCUUUGGUGGCAGUUGAUUAUGAAAUACAAAUGAAAGUUAUCCUUAAUGUGUUUGUAUGUGUAUGUUCACGAUUAAGUAUUUCAAAAACAAUGAAAAAACCAAAAAGGAAAAUGCACAACAAACAACUUCAAUUGAUCAAUAUCAACAAGAUUAACUUGAGAUUUGCUAACCUUUUGUUCGAAUCUAAUUCAAGUAAUGAAUUCAAAUCCAAUCAUUUUUCAAAAAGUAUUUUCAUUUUGGAGUUUAAUUUUAUGUUCCUUAAAAGAUCUUAAAUUUUACACCUACAUAUAUAUGUUCAUAUGUAGGUGUGUGUAAGCGAAGCGACCAAAGUUCACAUAAUAUAAACAAAUUUUUUUAAAAAUAAUAAAUAGUUUUUAGAUAGAGUAAUUUGGUUAAGGAACGAAAUGAAAUUUCCGUAUUUUUUUCCUAUUUUAA